AUAUAAAUUUCAUUGAGAAACGGGUGCGUCUCUUCAGUGAAUAAACACAUCGUUACCGAAUCAACCUCUUAAUCGACACGUAAAAAAGACGAAAACGCGAUAUCAUCGCAAUGACAUAUAAUUAACAACACGUUUAAUGUUCCUAAUUAAAAAAGAAUAGACGUUAAAGAAGAAAAAAAGAAAAAGAUUUUUUUGGCAACUACGGUAUAAAUAUUAACAAUUUUCGUUCUUAAUUAAAGGAAUUGAACGCUAUAAUUAUAAAAAUAUUGGAGCAAACCAGGAAUUGUAUCAUGUAAUCAACGAACAGCAACAUCAUUGCUCUAAAUAUGUUGUGUCAACGCCAUAACGUAUUUUUGCCUACUGUAUGUAUGUGUGUGCGUGUGAACACAAAGUGAGCAAGUGUAGAAUCGUAUAUUUGCAUUGAAUAUAUGAAAUCCGGUGUGAGGAACUUCGUGUUUGUGUGCGAGUGAAAUUUUUGCGAUAAUUGUCUCAAGUCGGGUACGAUUGAAAUCAGUAUUAGAUUAAUUAGUGGGAAUGUCGAAACUGGAUUAAUCGGUCAAAGCGAGAAUAUAACGGCACCAUUUUUCUUUUCAACACUAAUUUCACACGUCGCUACAAAUUUCAUCAUUGAAAUUUUCUUUAUUAUUUGUAUUAUUGGCGCAAUUCUGAACUUUUUUCGUUAUGGCUUCCAUUGCUAUUUUUAUUAGCCUUAUAUUUCUUAUACUCGCUUGUCUCGUCUGUAACGGCAGCAUGCAACAGCAGCCGUCGCAAUUAACAUCACAGCAACAGCAACAACAGCAAAUACCAACGCCACAGCAGCAAAAACAGCAACUGCAGCAUUCAAAUGCAAUAAUGGGCGAAGCUGGUGUCAGCAACUCUCAGCUACUCGCGCCGGCUAUAGGUUUGCAUGGCACUCGUCCAGAUAAUCAAGAUAUGCGUUAUGAUGCCCCCGACGAUUGCCAUUUUUUACCCGCUGUGGGACCCGAGCAACCUGAAAUAAUGUUAACUUGCAAUCUGCGUACGGUUAAUAGUGAAUUUGAUACAACAAAUUUUAGCGUUAUACCAUCUGAGCAUACUGUGGGCUUGCAUGUACUAUGCAAUGAUGAAAUUAUGGCAAAAAGCUCACUAGAGCCGCAAUCGUUCGCUCAUUUGCAGCGUCUGCAAGAGCUAUCCAUACAAUAUUGCAAGCUAUCAAAAUUUAAUCAACAUGUAUUGGACGGCUUAAAUCAAUUACGAAAUUUGACAGUUCGCACACAUAACACUCUAUGGCCUUCAUUAAAUUUUGACAUUGAACCAAGUGCAUUCGCAGCCGUGAAAAAUCUGGAACGUUUAGAUCUAUCGUCUAACAAUAUAUGGUCGUUACCUGAAAAUAUUUUCUGUUCCCUAACAGCCCUUUCUUCUUUGAAUAUGAGCGAAAAUCGCUUGCAAGAUGUUAACGAAUUGGCUUUUCGUGAUCGCAGCAAAGAGAAUCCGGUAGAAGCUACCUCAACCCCGGAAGUCAAUAAUAAACGAACCAACACUAAUUGCAACCUUGACUUAGAAAUACUUGAUGUAUCAUUCAAUCACUUUGUGCUUCUACCCGCCAAUGGCUUUGGUAUCUUAAGACGUUUACGAGUCUUGCAAGUGAAUAACAAUGAAAUUUCCAUGAUUGCCGAUCGUGCUUUGAGUGGCUUGAAAAAUUUGCAAAUCAUCAAUUUAAGUUCAAAUAAAAUUGUGGCUUUACCAUCUGAACUUUUUAGCGAACAAGCGUCGUCGAUACAAGAGGUUUACUUGCAAAACAACUCGAUUAGUGUUUUAUCUCCCAAAUUGUUUUCGAAUUUAGAGCAGUUGCAAGCUUUGGAUUUAUCGUACAAUCAAAUCACAUCGACAUGGAUUGAUCGCAAUACUUUCGUGGGCUUAAUACGUUUAGUUUUAUUAAAUCUCUCGCAUAAUAAACUUACUAAGCUGGAACCUGAGAUUUUUACCGAUCUCUAUACCUUACAAAUACUAAACUUACGACACAAUCAACUUGAAAAUAUUGCCGCUGAAACCUUCGCCCCUAUGAACAAUCUUCACACUUUACUUUUAUCUCACAACAAAUUGAAAUACUUGGACGCGUACGCUUUGAACGGGCUUUACGUGCUAUCUUUACUUUCAUUAGACAAUAAUAAUCUAAUUGGUGUGCAUCCAGAAGCGCUCCGCAAUUGCAGUUCUCUACAAGAUUUAAAUUUAAAUGGUAAUCAAUUGAAGACUAUACCAUUAGCUUUGCGUAAUAUGCGAUUAUUGCGCACAGUGGAUUUGGGUGAAAAUAUGAUAAGUGUCCUCGAGGAUACCGCUUUUAAGGGCUUAACCAAUUUAUAUGGAUUGCGUUUGAUUGGCAAUUAUCUUGAAAAUAUAACGAUGAACGCUUUUAAGGAGUUGCCAAGUUUACAAAUUCUUAAUUUGGCUCGUAAUCGCAUUGUUGUUGUUGAACCGGGAGCUUUUGAAAUGACUUCCAGUAUACAAGCGAUACGUUUGGAUGGCAACGAACUAAGCGACAUUAACGGUUUAUUUAGUAAUAUGCCAUCAUUACUCUGGCUUAACAUAUCUGACAAUCGUUUGGAGCACUUCGAUUAUGCUCAUGUACCGAAUACUUUACAAUGGCUUGAUCUUCAUAAAAAUCGUUUAAUGGAGCUAUCUAAUCGUUUCGGCCUUGACUCGCAAAUACGUUUACAAACUUUGGAUGCCAGUUUCAAUCAGUUGCAGCGCAUAUCGCCUUCCUCAAUUCCCAACUCCAUAGAGCUGCUCUUUCUCAAUGAUAACCUUGUUAAUAGUGUAGAUCCUGAUACAUUUAUGCACAAGACUAAUCUUACCCGAGUCGAUUUGUAUGCCAAUCAGAUUACAACUUUGGACAUAAAAUCCUUACGCAUUCUGCCUGUUCAUGAUCAUCGCACUUUACCCGAGUUUUAUAUUGGCGGCAACCCGUUCACUUGCGAUUGUAACAUAGAUUGGUUGCAAAAAAUCAAUCAUAUAAAGUCACGACAAUAUCCUCGCAUUAUGGAUUUGGAAACGAUAUACUGUAAGUUGCUGAAUAAUCGGGAACGUGCUUACAUUCCUCUCAUCGAAGCAGAGCCUAAACAUUUCUUAUGCACCUACAAAACUCAUUGUUUCGCUGUUUGUCAUUGCUGUGAAUUUGAUGCCUGCGACUGCGAAAUGACUUGUCCGACUAAUUGCACAUGUUUCCACGAUCAGACAUGGUCAACUAACAUUGUAGAAUGCUCGGGCGCUGGAUAUACGGAGAUGCCGCGUAAGGUUCCCAUGGACACCACCGAGCUAUAUAUUGAUGGCAACAAUUUUGUGGAGUUGGCCGGUCAUUCGUUCCUAGGUCGUAAAAAUUUGGCCGUUUUAUUUGUUAACAACUCGAAUAUUCAAUUUGUUUACAAUACCACUUUUAGUGGCUUAAAACGUUUAUUGGUCUUGCAUUUGGAAGAUAACCACAUUGCCUCGCUUGAUGGUAACGAGUUCGCUAACUUAGAAAAUUUACGUGAAUUAUAUUUGCAUAACAAUCGCAUCGCGUCUAUCGCUAAUGGAAGUUUUCAGGCGUUACGAAAGCUGGAAGUUCUUCGCUUAGAUGGAAAUCGUUUGAUAUAUUUUGAAGUGUGGCAGCUAACACUGAAUCCUUAUUUAGUGGAAAUUGGUUUAGCGGACAAUCAAUGGUCGUGUGAAUGCAGUUAUCUCAUGCACUUUCGCACUUAUUUAAGCCAGAGCUCAGGCAAAAUUAUUGAUGCCAAUCGGGUAUCGUGUGUUUAUAAUAAUGCGACUAGUAUUUUGCGUGAAAAGAACGGCACGAAAUGCACCCUACGUGAAGAUGUAGCAACUUACGUGCAAGCUAGUGAAAUUGAGAGCUUAUUGCCGCUCUUACUUAUGGCCACAUGUGCUUUUGUUGGGUUCUUUGGCUUGAUUUUGGCUCUUUUAUGCUAUCGUCAAGAACUAAAACUUUGGGCCCAUUCCAAUUGCAUUAUGAAUUUAUGCUAUAGAUCACCGGGUUUCAUAGAGGAACUGGAUAAAGACCGUUUAAACGAUGCUUAUUUCGCUUACAGUUUACAAGAUGAACAUUUCGUUAACCAAAUUCUCGCUCAUACCUUAGAGAACGAUAUGGGCUAUCGAGUCUGUCUACAUUAUCGGGAUGUAAAUAUUAACGCCUACGUUGCUGAUGCCAUUAUUGAAGCCGCAGAAAGCGCGAAACAAGUUUUGCUAGUAUUAUCGAAAAACUUUCUCUAUAACGAAUGGUCUCGUUUCGAAUAUAAAAGUGCUUUGCAUGAGAUAGUUAAACGUCGAAAGCGGGUAAUAUUUAUACUGUACGGAGAUUUGCCCCAACGUGACAUUGACAUUGACAUGCGUCAUUAUUUACGUACCAGUACCUGCAUUGAAUGGGACGACAAAAAGUUCUGGCAAAAGUUACGGAUUGCGCUACCGAAUGUACGCAGUAAACGAACAACCAAUUGCCUUAGCAAUCGUACAUCAACAAAUAUUUAUGCCUCAUCUCAUGAGUAUCAACCUAAUGCUAAUGGCCGUCUACCAGCUGGCACAGCUGGCGUUAUUGUUGGCGAUAAGCAUUACAAUGACUGCAACAAUUAUGCUACCAUUAAUGAUUGUGUUAGAGGUUAUGCUCCGAUACCGACAGCUGCGGCUGCGUGUAAAUUUAACACCUUAAAUGAGCUAGCUUUCAAGGCUAACAAGGAGACUGGAGAGAUACAACAUGCCAAGACAUUGGAUAUACAACGUCAUCAUAAUCAUAUACGUCAACCGAUUAGCUCGGCAACACAUUUACAUCAUCAGCAACAACACGAGUAUGCUGUGCCAACUUAUUAUAGUAUAAGCAAUGGCCAGGUUUCACGCGGUGGGGGCAAUGGUAAUAUUACGGCUCCCACAUAUGAUAGUGUAGACUAUAGCAAACAACCAAUAAACGCACAAAAAGCAACAAACAACUGUGAUUGUAGUUACGAAGGUACCGCCAAACGUAAACCCGUUAUGCAACCUAGUUUUUCAUCAAAUUUCACUGCACCCCCACCACCACCAACACCAUCUACAUUAACCAGUCAGUCCAGCGGUAAUGGCAUCGUCGGGAGCUAUAACUGCAAGAAACCAACCUGCACCUGCCGAAAAUCACCAACCGACGAUCAACAAAGUUGUCGCUGUGCGACAAACUCAAAAAGUAACAGCAGUAAUGCAAGUAGCAGCAGCAGUGCCAGCAGUAAUAGUUCCCAUCAUAGCGAUAGACAAGAAGAUUCUAACCGCUAUGAAUCAAAUUUAUCAUUGAAUGAAAUUAAUACGACUACAGCCUCAGUUGGUGAUGAAAGCAAUAGCUUAUGGGCGUAACAACAACUCUAUAGUACAAGUUCGAAAAUUAAUCAACGGCAGCAACAACAACAACAAUCACAACAACAAUUACAAACAGCUGUUUUUUGAUUACAACAAAGCCAGAGGUAUGAACAAAUUCAUGUAUGAUUUUAGUUUCUAAGCUCACCAAGCAGACAGACUACGCAACCAGUGAAUUUAUGAAAAAUGAAUAAUAUAAUAUAUAAAGAAACAAAACAAGAACCAUUUCUUUCCACAAUCUCUGUAGGUAAGAAUGGUUAGGGUUUCUUUUUCUUUUUACUUUCAUUAUAUAUUUUUUUACUAACUAUUAUUAUUAUUAUUAUUAUUAUUAUUUGUUUUAUUAUCACACAGACUGAUAAUCUUAGUUAUCAUUUAAAUUAUCAAACGUCACAAUUGUAUAUAAAUAAUAACAAACAUUUUUUCAUAAGAAUGUAUACAUUACUAUUAAUCAUGGGAAAAACAUACGCAAAAAAAAAAAAAAAAAAAAAAAA